AUGAUGUUUUCUUCUGCUUUAUUCUCUGCAAUCUGGGCAUCAUUAAUCUGGGCUGUGAAUUUAUAGCUGGAUAAGAGCUUGAAGGCACACUAGUCUUGAAGUGUAGGGUGAAGGUUUCUCUUCACGGUGCAUGGACGGAAAGCCAAUGCGCAGGUGUACCAGUACUCGGCCAGGAGAGACCGGAAUGGACGUGACCAGCCGCUGCACACUCGGAGAUCCCAACAAGCUGCCUGAGGGGGUGCCGCAGCCCGCUCGCAUGCCCUACAUCUCCGACAAGCACCCCCGGCAGACGUUGGAAGUCAUCAACCUCCUCCGGAAGCACCGGGAGCUGUGCGAUGUGGUGCUGGUAGUGGGCGCCAAGAAGAUCUACGCCCACAGGGUGAUCCUGUCGGCCUGCAGCCCCUACUUCCGAGCCAUGUUCACCGGGGAGCUGGCAGAGUCCCGGCAGACGGAGGUCGUGAUCAGGGACAUCGAUGAGAGGGCCAUGGAACUGCUGAUCGACUUUGCCUACACCUCUCAGAUCACUGUAGAGGAGGGGAAUGUCCAGACCUUGUUGCCUGCUGCUUGCCUGCUCCAGCUGGCCGAGAUCCAGGAGGCCUGCUGCGAGUUUCUUAAGAGACAGUUGGACCCUUCCAAUUGCCUGGGCAUCCGAGCUUUUGCUGACACUCACUCGUGCCGUGAACUGCUGAGGAUUGCUGACAAGUUCACGCAGCAUAACUUCCAGGAGGUAAUGGAGAGCGAGGAGUUCAUGCUGCUUCCUGCCAAUCAGCUCAUAGACAUAAUAUCCAGCGACGAGUUAAAUGUGCGCAGCGAAGAGCAGGUGUUCAAUGCCGUGAUGGCCUGGGUGAAGUACAGCAUUCAGGAAAGAAGACCCCAGCUGCCACAGGUCCUGCAGCAUGUCCGCCUGCCACUGCUGAGUCCCAAGUUCCUUGUGGGUACAGUGGGUUCUGAUCCGCUAAUUAAGAGUGAUGAGGAAUGCCGGGAUCUAGUGGAUGAAGCUAAAAACUAUCUGCUGUUGCCCCAAGAGCGGCCGCUGAUGCAGGGACCAAGAACUAGGCCACGCAAACCCAUCCGCUGUGGAGAGGUGCUCUUUGCAGUGGGGGGCUGGUGUAGCGGGGAUGCAAUUUCCAGUGUGGAGCGCUACGACCCUCAGACCAACGAGUGGAGGAUGGUGGCUUCCAUGAGCAAAAGGCGCUGUGGCGUUGGAGUCAGUGUUCUGGAUGAUCUCCUCUAUGCUGUGGGAGGCCACGACGGUUCCUCGUAUCUUAACAGCGUAGAAAGGUAUGAUCCCAAGACCAAUCAGUGGAGCAGUGAUGUGGCCCCCACCAGCACCUGCAGGACCAGUGUUGGAGUAGCAGUUCUGGGGGGCUACCUCUAUGCUGUGGGUGGCCAGGAUGGCGUCUCUUGUCUCAACAUUGUGGAAAGGUAUGAUCCCAAAGAAAACAAAUGGACUCGAGUGGCUUCCAUGAGCACCAGGCGCCUGGGAGUUGCAGUGGCUGUGCUGGGAGGCUUCCUCUAUGCUGUGGGAGGCUCUGAUGGAACUUCUCCUCUCAAUACUGUGGAACGCUACAACCCCCAGGAGAACCGCUGGCACACCAUCGCACCCAUGGGGACGAGGAGGAAACACCUGGGCUGUGCAGUGUACCAGGACAUGAUCUAUGCUGUGGGAGGCAGGGAUGACACAACAGAGCUCAGCAGUGCUGAGAGAUACAACCCUCGGACCAACCAGUGGUCUCCCGUUGUGGCCAUGACGUCCCGCCGGAGCGGAGUUGGCCUUGCUGUGGUGAAUGGACAGCUGAUGGCAGUGGGGGGUUUUGAUGGCACAACGUACUUGAAGACCAUUGAGGUGUUUGAUCCAGAUGCUAACACAUGGAGGUUGUAUGGCGGGAUGAACUACCGGCGGCUGGGAGGAGGCGUAGGAGUUAUCAAAAUGACACACUGUGAAUCCCAUAUAUGGUAAGCAUCCAGCGGGAGGGAGUUCCCUUGGUUCUCAUUCCUAGAAAAACUGAAGAGACUUGUUGACACUGGACCUCUUUGCAGCUCUAGUAUGCACGGUCUAGAUCCAAUGUAACUCUUUGAGCCGGUGACUCUUUCUAUGGAAUUACAAAAAUGACUUCUGUGAGAGUGUGCCCAACGGGAGACCACGUUGUCAGACUCCAGGAACCACUGGACAAAAGUAGAAGUGUUGCUUAUGUCCGUAUUUUUUUCUAAAUAGUCUACAUUUUUCGAAUAAACCAAACUGUAACAGUUACUGUAGCGUAAAACGAUGCUGACGUAGAGACUACAUGCUGUAGUGGGAGUCUGGCAAGGAGGAGGGUUUCCUGCUGUGUGAGCAGUGGAUGUGGCAGCUGUUUGGUGGGCGAAAGAGAAAAGUGAUACAGAAAACAUUGCUUUUGCCUUAUUUACAGAGAGCUUCAAAGAAGUACUUGACCUGCAAGGUGCCACCUUUUGCACAGAAGCUUUUCUGUGCACAGAGUAUAUUUAUUUUUUCAUUUAAUUUGUAUCAUGUAUUUUCUUUGAGUCGCUCACAGCGAUAGUUCCAGCUUUUUAUAUACAUAUAUAUGUGUGCAUAUAUAUAUUUAUCUAUAUAUAUGUAUUUUAUAUAUAUGUGUGUAUUUGUGUGAUUUGCAUUUCGACCAGCUGGUGGUUUGGGCAGGGCCAUGUCCUGCCAGCUGUUGUGGUUCCAGCCCUUGUGGUAUGAUUUAGGGUCCCUUAGAGUCCAGGAGAGCUGUGAGGAUGGGUGCCCUGAGUAUCUUUCCACUCUUGCUAGAGGCAAGAAGUAGAACUGGAAUUCUCCUCUAUCGACUGAAUCAGUGAAGUGCCCAAAACCAGGUGAGAGAGAAAAGGAUUUCUAACGAUGCCUUUUUACUGUACAGCGUAUGGUACAAAAGUUCAGCUUUUAUCUCUCCUCUCCCCUGUAUGUGAACCUCGAAACAUCUGCUCACUUACAAAAGCCUUUUUCCUCCUGUUUGUUGCCCGCUAGAUACCAGUUCUUGCCUGAAGCUGGGGUGCAGGUAUCGUGUGUUAAUUCUGACAUUCACUUCUUGUGCUCUCGCUAGAAGGGCAGACCUGCAGCCAGCUCCUUCCUGCUGAAAAAGGCUUAGACCAGCACCACCUCAGCUGCCCUCUUGUCUGUGUCUUUAGAAUUCCAGACCAUGAUGAGAUGGUGCCCUCCCUUUUAGUGAUUUUUGUGCACUUUGCCUGUGUAUAUUUAGAGCAGGGAAAGGUACGAGGCUCAUUAGAUUUUGGAGGGGAAGGACUGUUUGCUGGAACUGUGAGUAACUGGAGGCACCCGGGGGUGGGGGUAGAGGAAGGAAGAACUCACGACUCAGUGGUUCUGUUUGUACUGUAAUUUCUAUUGAGUAUGAAAGAAUGACCUUUUGCACUUGAUCUAACUGUGGACUUUACUAAAUCUGGGUUUAAAAGAGUAGGAGGACUGUAAAUUCUUGAGACAGGAAAAGGCAAGUGCUGACAUCUUAAGUUCUUUAAUUUCAUAGUUUGAUUCAUGUAACUCAGACUUUAAUGUGCUUGAAUAUAGUAAAAAUUACACUACAGUCAUAAAUGGGUCAUUAAACCUUUUUUUAAAAGCCCUUUUCCCUCUAAAGGUCGGUAUUCUUGUGUUUACAUUGGAGAUCAUUUGCACCUUUACAAGGAAAAUAAGUAUUCUGUAAACAAAUGUUUACAUGUAUCAUUUAUGCUUUUUUCUAGCAUGAGUAACUUGUAUAAAUAGUGCUAUCUUAAUAAAUUUCUUUUAUGCUGUU